UAUUCAACAAGCAAAGAAGACUUCCUGGUGUUUAACAUCGCCAUUAAACACACUGGAGAGUGAUGUUUUUAAUUAUUAGGACUGUUUAUACUUCAGAUAGGGCUGGACGAUUAAUAGCAGACAAUAAUUUGUGCAUUUUGUCAGUAAAGCUGGUUCUAAUAAACAUCCAGCACAUGCGUUCAGAUGCAGUAGCUUUUACUACACACUACACUGAGUUAUUGUACACUGAUAAGCUAUGCAAAGCUCUGAUUAGAUUUAAUCUAUUGAUUAUGCAUGAGAAUGUAUGAUUUGCUCAAUCGAGUUUGUAAUUUUUCAUUACCAAUAAUGAAACAGGGCUGUUCAAUAUUUGAUUCUGAUUGGCUAAUGAACAUUUUGAGGUCUGCAAUUAAUUUCUAUGGAAGCAAACAGCUAAAGAAGUUCCAGGCAGGCACUAUGCUGAAUGAUUUCAAUUGUUUCAUAGACCACAAAUGGCAGAAAUCUCAUCACAGUAAAACUAUAGGCUUUAGGUGUGGUAACCGUAGUACAAGUGGGAUAAAUGACUCUGAUCUAUUGAAGUUGCAGUACUUUUCUAACAAUUCAAUGCCUGUCAACAAUUAUGCCUUAGUUAAAUUGGUGGAAUGUUUUCUGAUCAUGUCUGUUUGUCUUUACCCAGGUAAAAAGCCCUUUUGUGCCACUUCACGACGCAACACAGGAAGAACUCAUUUAUAAUAACUGAGACUUUCGAAAAGUGAAACACUCUUCGGCCCCAGACGCUGGGGUUGUGCCGAUAGACGAUGCCAUCUUCCAUCGCAGAUGGCAGACAAACUUCACGGUGCUGAGCUGGCAUCGGGAUCCAUCGCCUCGCCCCAUAUUUAUAUUGAUAUGUAACUUAUUAUGUAACUUAUUAUUUGCAUAUCUAUCCCUAUGAGGAAAAGAUUUUUCAGAUUUCAGAAAAUAAUACCCUCUCUGAAUGUAGCUAUUAAAGAGACAGGAUCCUUAAAUUAUUUGUUUCAGACACUCUGAGAAAAGAUUCAGAAUCUGUUGCAAAUGGGUGUAAAUCAUUUGACUUGCAAAACAAAAUGAAGGCACUUUAAUAUAACAUUGUGUUUAAAAAAGCGCACAGACUGACAAAACGUAAGUGUAGGUGAAGUAGCUUUGGAUUAAAGUCUCUGCCUGUGUAUAAUAAAUAUAAAUGUGUAUAUAUAUAUUUUAUCCUAGACUCACAUGGCCUUGCAUGCAUAUUUGAGGCCUCAUAAAUGCACCAGCUGCAGUUUUGCCUCUAAAAACAUGAAAGACCUGCGACACCACAUGAUGACACACACCAACGAGAAGUCUUACUCCUGCCAGGUGUGCGCCUAAAGGUGAGCAACUGAGAAAGAAUCAUUCAAAUAAAUUAGCAAAUCUUAGAAUUUGUACUGUUUACAUUAUUAAUACAGACACAAUCAUAAAUGUUUCCCCAAAUUAAACAAAGAAACACAUUGCCCCUCAUAUUGAAACUCUCAUAAAUUAUUUUUAGGUUCAACCGUAACGGCCAUCCACAUGGAGAGGCUUCACACUCAGGAGCCGUCUCCCCGUAAAGCUCGCUCCAUCCCCUCACAGCAGACCAUCAUCAUCAACAGCGAUGAAGAAGCUUUAGCCACACUGCAGAAUUUGCAGGCGGGUCAAACGGUCAUCAGCCCAGAGAGGUUACAGCAAGCGUUGGGUCAGGAACACAUCAUUGUGGCUCAGGAUCAAAGUCUUUCUGACCAGGAGGAGGCAACAUAUAUUCAGCAGAUCUCAACAGUAGAUGGACAGACCGUACAGCACUUAAUGACCGGAGACAACCAGGUCACUGAGGUCCAGUAUAUCAUCUCUCAGGAUGGAGUUCAGCAUUUGCUCCCAAGAGAGUAUGUGCUGGUAUCAUGGGAAACACAUUCAGAUGGGGGACUGGCAAAUCACUCACAUUCAGUAUGAACAUGAUGGGAUGUUUCUACAGGAACAACAGCAAAGGUGUCAACUGGCUACUCCAGCAUGAACCAGUCGUGGUAAGGCAUCUGUCCUAGAAGAAUUCUGUGCUCUGGAAUCUGCUGCAGACAAGCCCACAUCAGAUC